AUGGAGCUGCCUAGCUCUCCUUCGCCUACUGACUAUCCCGGAGACCGGAGGCGUUCAAGUGCAAGCUUCUACGCAAAACCGCAACUUCACUAUCCUCAUAAAUCGUCACCUUACGACGUACUUGUCAUUGGCUCCGGCGCUGCCGGUCUCACGGCAGCUUUGUCUGCUCGCGCUCACGGGGCCACUCGUGUGCUUCUGAUUGACAAAUGUCCGCCAGACUGGGCUGGCGGUAAUGGUUACUUCACCGCCGGAGCAUAUCGAACAAUCCAUAAUGGACUCGAAGACUUGUGGCCACUGAUUGAAAAUAACGCUCAAAAAUCGUUAAGUCUUGAGCCUUAUACGAUGGAAAAAUUCCGUGCGGAUAUUGAUCGAGUCACUGCCGGCAGAACUGAUCACCAUCUCUCUGAUGCAUUGAUCACCGAAAGCUUGGAUGUUCUAAGCUGGUUGAAAUGGAUAGCCCGCAUUCCUUUCGCACUGGGCUUCCACAGGCAAGCAUAUGUGAUCGAAGACAAGUGGAAAUUCUGGGGAGGGCUCGCACUUACAGUCGACGGAGGAGGCAAAGGCUUAAUCGGUAGCCUGCUGACGGCUGCAAGAGCAAAAGGAGUUGAUCUAUUAUUCGAUACUCCUGCCACACAGCUGGUUACUGACGAAGAAGGAGGCAAAGGCGUCACUGGUAUCCUGGUACAGAUGCCUGGGGGCUCUAUCGAGGAAAUUCGAGCCACUAGCGUUAUUCUUUGUGCCGGUGGCUUUGAAGCCAAUCCCAGAAUGCGGGCGCAGUACCUUGGACCAGGAUGGGAUCUGGCAUAUGUGAGGGGAAGCCCUUACAAUACCGGAGAAAUGUUGGAGAUUGCGAUUCGAGAUGCCAAUGCAAAACAAAUGGGAAAUUGGUCAGGCUGCCAUUCCGUAGCAUGGGAUGCAAAUGCUCCAACCGAAGAAGGCGAUCAAGAGAAAACGAAUGAGUUCACAAAGAGCGGAUAUCCGCUAGGACUAAUGCUAAACAGCCACGGCAAUAGGUUUGUUGACGAGGGCAUGGAUCUUCGAAACUACACGUACGCAAAGUUUGGGAAAGAAAUUUUGCACCAGCCUGAUGGGAUAGCGUUCCAAGUGUGGGAUGCACAGACUCUAGACUGGCUCCGCCCGGAGGAGUAUAGAGAUGAGACCGUGCGGAAGAUUUAUGCCGACAGUGUGGAAGAAUUGGCUCAAAAGUGUGGUUCAUUGGGGCUCGUGGAUGGAGAACAGUUUGUCCGAACCAUUGAAGGAUAUAACGACGCUGUCUACGCCAGCCAGCGCGAAAACCCCGGCCGACACUGGGACCCUGCGGUCAAAGAUGGUCUGUCUACGCAGUCAAGCUCUCGAUGGCUGAAUCCACCAAAGAGCAACUGGGCUCUACCUUUGGAUCAGCCACCUUUCGUAGCUGUCAAAGUGACUGCUGGGAUCACUUUCACAUUUGGUGGGCUUGCAAUCAACCCAAAUACGGCAGGAGUGCUUUCUAGAGUCACAGGAAAGGACAUCCCGGGACUUUACUGUGCCGGCGAGAUGGUGGGGGGAUUGUUCUAUGAAAAUUACCCGGGUGGGAGCGGCUUAACUGCAGGAGCAGUAUUUGGCCGCAAAGCCGGAAGGUCUGCUGCUGCACUCGCUCUUUCCCGAAAGGGAAGCAUACCAGCUCCGUCCGAGGGUGCCGAAUGAUUUAUUAGCUCUGUGUACUUGGAACGGCACAGAUACUGGAGGAAUCUAACAUCUAUCUCUCCGUUGCCAC